CAGGUAAGCAGAUUGUGUCCAUGAUCCAGUGGUUUUCAAACAGUUUCUGGAGUCUCAUGUUUCUCUGAUUGGACACACUGAGCUCAGGUCCAGUUCAGGAAGAGUUUGGAAGGAUCCAGGAAGAGAUCAGAAACCUGCACUGAAACGACACGCCCUCACCAGCGUCUGCUUUAGUGUUUGUCAGAUAGUGAGCGAGUCUUUCAGCUUAUCUGUGAUUCUACAGCAGCAAACAAACUGAAGGUUUAUAUGACAGUUUCCAGAGAGGUGCAGGACCAUGGUGGGAACAUUAAAUGAAUUAGUCCAGCUGAGUAACACGAGGUUCGGUCGACCCCGGCCCAGACACGGACUCAGACUCCUCUACUGGUUUGCCAAUGAAUGCGUUUCUUUUGAGAACAGCAACAUGUUCUCUGAAUGUGACCCAGCCGAGGGAGAUUUUGGUUUUCACUAUUUUCAGAACAGAUACGACCAAUAUGGGAAUAAACUUCUUCCAGACGAAGAGUUUCCUUACUAUGUGGUUGGCAAUCUAAAUUCACCAGGAGCUGAAGAUCUUCCUGAUUACGUCUCAGAAGACAAAUACACUGACGAGCACAACAGCAACACGGAUCGCAUCAUCGUCAGUCUUGAUGAGGAGUGGUUUCAUCGAGUUUAUGUGACUCAACACCACGACCGAUCAAACUACGAUCCACACGCCACUCACCGGAUCUCCAGAGGCCUUCUCAUGAUCAUCAGGGGAAUGAGUUUAGAGGGCUUUCUGGAGAAGAUGGAUUAUUAUACAUACAAACAUGAUGUCCCACCAAUGCCUGUCAUUAAUUACAGACCUCAAACUCCAAACACAGUCAGUCCUGAUUUCACAGCGGUCAGUGUAUCCUCCAGUGAUUCAUCUGACAGUGAGACUUCUACGACACAGAACAGUGACAUCAGAAUCCAGAUAGAUGAUGACACGCCUGCACAAGAACUCUCAGAGAAAUUACCCACAACAAAGGGAUUGUGGGAAAGAUUCUGCACCAUUCUUUAAAACAGAUGUGCGUUCCAGUGAUUUUAGUUGGACUCAUUUGUGGACUUCAUCUUUCAGAAGCAAAUAGUGAACAGUAACAUUUUUGAUGGGAAUUUAAAUGUAGUCUUAUCAGAACAGUGUUUUCUGGUGAGCUUUAUCACUGCUCUUCACCAAAGGAACACAGAAUGUGUACAAAUGUAAUUGUACGGUAACAUUGAGCGAUAUGCUUCACAGUCAUAUCGUCCUAUCAUCAGCAAAUGAGACACACAAUAUCAUCGCACAUGAGGGGUGCAAUACAUAUGUGAUCAUUAAUUUACAUAUUUACUCAUU